CGAUAUUCACUCUCCACCAUGGCUGCUCCUAGUACUUUAUAACUUUUACUCAAUUGUUGCUGCAGUUGCACGUCACGAAACACACACUGAGUGCCAAUUUCAAUAACCUCCAGUGCAAAAACAAAAUGCAUCCUCCAGCAUCCUGAGUUCCCGCCUUCGGCGGUUAGCAGACCAGAAGUAGCAGCACAUGCACAGCAGCUGUGGCUGCCUCCCUGCUUUAUUCCCUCGUGCUGCGGCGCUUACCGUGAUUAUUCUGGCCCUUCAGCAUGGAAUGGGUGCGGGGGCAUGAAGAGGAUCUCAUCAACGGUCCGGAGGCGGAGGGACUCAAACAAGCGCGCACGAAUCGUCUCAUUGCUCUGAAUAUUUGCGACGAGGAGGCGACGUGGACUGACUUGAAAGACUUCAUCGGCUGCAUCACGCAGGCAGCACCCACUUACGUCAACAUCUACCAAGGGCACGGCAAAAAAUGGGCCGUCCUCGAGUUUCAGACGCUCAGGCACGCACAGUUAGCAAUACAACUGGUGAACGGGCAACUCUUCCGGGGAAGCACAUUGUACCUGCGGCAAGAUCGGGAGGAUCGCACGCUCGAGGCAUCCUGCAAGUGCUGUUUAUCAAAUGCAAAUCUGUCUGGGUCUGGAAAGUUGGAACUUGCGAUGCGACCUUUUGAUCUCAACAUAAAAGCUGUAUUGCAUGAAAAGCCAAAGUAGAGGUCCAGUUUUUGUUACGCGGAGAGAUGAGCAUUUGUCAUGCUGUAUGAGCAUCAGAGAGCCGUCGCAGAAUCUGUGAUACUAGAACACAUGCAUCACAGACAUCGCCGGUCUUGGAAAACCAAAAUCGGCAUGUUGACGAAUCUCGCAUUCAUCUUCCAGACCCACACUUAUUUGGCCCUGAUAUUGUUGCGAACCACGCAAUAACACCGUCGUAGGAGAAUGGUGGGG